AUGGCAUCCCUCAAAGGCCAACACAAAUACCGAUCCGUGGAUCCCAAAACCCGGCCUCCACGCCCAGUCCAGCAACCCGUUCCUUCGCGGCUCCCCAAAGGGGUGGAUGAUAUCCGGAAGACAAAGGAGUACAAAACUGCUGCACGGAGAUGGACUUCGAUUAUUGUCGGAUUACCAUUUGUACUAUGUACAUCAUGGAUUCUUUAUGAGCGCAUUUAUGGAGGCAAGACUGCCAAGCGGUUUGCAGAUCAUGCACGAAAGGACUAA